UCGAACAAAAUGCCUCUUUUGUUGUCAAAUGCCGAAAACACCAGAUGAGAAACUAACCGGAACGUUUCCUCUGACUCUCCUAACAACAAACCGGGCAACAAACAGCAGAUCUAACGGGUCAGUUAACCAUUAACAUGUUAGCAGCAGCAGCACGACAGGUGCAGCCUCAUCGGUUAUUGUGAUAUAUACAGCCUGAAGGUAAAUCAGUGUUUCAGAUUCGUACAAAGGCAGAUUUUAUUAAAGCAACCUGACAUCUACAAAAGGUGAAGUUCUACAUCAGGAAACCUGCAGCCACCUUUCCCUCUCCCUGUCCACACCGUCCUGCCUCUCUAUCUCCGCUCCCAUUCACUUUUCUACCCACCUCCAUCUCUCUCCUACCUGAUUUCACCUUCCACCACCUUAUCUCCUCACUUCUAUCCAUCCUCAUCUUCAUCACCACCUUUUCAUCUACGACCAGCUCCACUUGCUCACCCUUCCUGACCUCACCAAUCCUGACAUGGCCUCGGCCCAGUCGGAGCAGUGCAGCGUCCUGCAAGAGGAGCUCACCUGCCCGGUGUGCCUGGACUUGUACCGCGAUCCCCACUUGCUUCCAUGCGGCCACAACUUCUGCAAGACCUGCCUGGACCGCCUAAAGCGGCAAGCGGAUCGAGGUCGCUUCCGCUGCCCGGAGUGCCGCGAGAGCCACCGGUGUGGCACCCACUUUCAGAAAAACUUCAAACUAGCCAAUAUUGCUGACGACUACCGUCACCGACGCAGAGCCACCACCGCCGCUUUAAAAUCCAGAGAAUUGGUUCCGUCUUCUCUGUCGGCGCAGCAAGCCAGGAGUCUGUUUGCCGUUCCGUGUGACUACUGUCCCUCAGUCGCCGCCGAGGCAUCAUGCGCCAGUGCUGUCAAGGACGGGUCUUCUGCUGGUUCUGUAUCUCAGGAAGCGGGUGGCAAGCAGGAAGCUGUUGCUGCUGCCGCCGUGUCGGUAUUUGCGGUAAAGACGUGCCUAAAGUGCGAGGUGUCGAUGUGCCAGGAGCACGUAAAGCCACAUCUGGAACUGCCGGCGUUCCGCGAGCAUCCACUGACGGAACCGAUGAACGACUUCUGGAAGAGGAAGUGCCCGGAUCACGAUGAGAUAUACAAAUAUUACUGCAUGGAUGACAAGAUAUGCGUGUGCAACGCCUGCACCAUAGAAGGAGGACACUCGGGACACACGAUCAAGACCCUGAAAAACACGAUGAAAGAUCUCAAGGGCACGCUGGAUAAGCAGCUGUACAGAGUCGAGAGGAAAUACAGCAUGGCAGAGAAAAAACUCCAGGAGCAGAAGGAGAAGGAGAGACAGAAUAAGAAGUUCAUGGACGACUCUGAGCAGUGCUUGAACAGGCUGGGUGAGGAGAUGAAGGCCAAAGUCCUCCGCUUCAUCACCAGGUUGCGAGAAUGCUCGCGCAGUCACUGCGACACCAACGGGCCGGCGAUUCAGAAGAACAUCUUUAGGAUCUGCCAGGACCAGGCCCGUCUCCAGGAGGUCCGCUGCGGCAUCGAAAGCCUCAUGCAGGAAAACGACCCCUUCCGCUUCAUCGAGGCAUACAAGACAACAGGAAAACAGUGCCGUAGGCAGCUAAGAAAAAACAUGUUCUACCCAGAAUAUGUCGACAUGGAGACGGAGGUUCUCGGAGUGAUGAUGGAAGAAGAAAUGAGGAAAUUCCUUGAUGUGGAACUACCGUGCCACAUUGUUGCUGCCAUUAAUUCCCUAUGUUCAUUCUCAUCAGGUCAUCUUUCAGAUCUCCAAGAGGAGGAGGAGGAGCAGGAGGAGAACGAGGAGGAGGCCGCGGAGGAGGACGACGACGACGACGACGACGACGACAGCAGCGUGGAGGAAAUGAGGAGCGAGGGGGAGGAGGAGGAAGACGAGGAGGAGGAGGAGGACGAGGACAACGAGGAAGGACGCACCCGGAGCGAGCUAGCCGACGAUCUUUACAGCCCGGGGGAGGACGAGGAGGAAGAGGGCGAGGAGGAGGACGACGAAGAGGACGAGGACGGAGAAGAGGAGGACGAGGAAGAGAGAGGAGUUUAACCGAGGACAGGAUUUGUAUACAUAUAUUUUUACACCUAUUAAAGCACUUUGGACAGAUGUUAAGGUGGUAGCAUCUGUUUCAGUGUUGCGCCCAUCUUCUCUUUGAAUGUCCGUGUACCGUUCAGGACUCGAGCAGCUACCACAUUUUGCCUCAAAACCCUCCUACAAUAUUCUGAGAUCACACACUGGAUGACAACAGCUGGAUUUAAAACUAACUGCACUGAGAAAUCUGCCAAUGUGAAUCUCAUGCUAAAACCUGUGUUGCAUACUGCUAAACAUAACUGCUAAACUUUGAACUAAGGUGCUUUAUAGUAGAAGACGUUUGCUGUAUACGUAAACACACGGAUGUGAAUGUAUAAUGACAGAAUGUGGCUGGAAGGACUCGAAACCGAAUUUGGCAAAAACCUCUGCAUGUCUGCGAUGCCAGAUUUUCUACCACUUUGCUAGACAUUUUACGAAAUAGGAGGAAUUUGCCUAAACAGAAUUGAUCUAAUUUGUUUUUAGCACUUUCACUUGUUCAACCUGAAUUUUUGAUAUAACAGGUGCUAGGCAGAGAGAGCUUCUGAAACAAUUUUCCUUACAUUUUUCGAAGCAAAGGUAAGAAAAGUCCUCGAGUUUCCCAGUUUUCCAUCACCAUAGAAAGCCUUUUGAUCCGUAUCCGUAAACAUAUUUGACCUGACCUGCAGAGCGAACGUGCAAGUCCUGCGUGAAUGGGUUGUUGUGAUUGUUUCAUUCGUGCUACAGUUAAACAUUGCAAGCCAAAGAGUGUGAAGAGGAUGUGUGUGUGUGUGUGUAUGUGUGCGCAUGAAUAAAAGUUAAAAGUUUUAUUGGCUUGGCAUGACAUUAGAAAAAGAAAUGCAAUGUGUCAGCAGUUACAUAGGCUAUAGGAUGAUGUUGCUUUUCAUAGUUGUGCUUUAAAAGCAGUUAAUGCAUUGUUUUAAGAAAAAAAAAAAAAAAAAAAAAGUUCCUAUGCACAGUUCAUACAUUAUUCUCAAAAUAUCAGUUUCAGGUGAUGAGGAAUUUUGCACUUUACUACAAACAAAAAAAAAUGCUAUGUUAGGCCUGAAAUAUUUGAAUGUUAAAAGCUGAUUUUUAUUUUGAUACGAGUGAUUCUGUGAGGGGCCAAACUGAAAUAAUGAAUUCAUAAUAAUAAUAAUAAAGCCUGUUGAAAUGUA